CGUGGGCGGAAGCGCAUAUGCACAAACAGUGCUGCGACGCGACGCAUCCGGAUUGCUCCGUUCUAGGCGACCCUACGCACGUAGGCGCAGACGCUAACACCGUGCGUAUCCACGUGAAUGACAACAUGUGCGCCGCAGUGCGAGGCCAGUGGGGGGGCUUGCUUGAGAACGCGAAAGAUAGAUCAGCGACCACGACAUCAUCUUUAGCUGCAGUGGACGGCGAAUGCAUGAACGGCGAUGUCACCUGCAAGCCGUGCGCCUGCGGUGCGGGCAGCGAGACUCCAGGCUCCAGCGAUAGCCGCGUCUACCACGAAGCCUUCUGUCCCCAGUUCCAACUGGGAGGGUCGCGCGUUCGCGGGAACAGCAGCGCAGCAGCAGCUGCGGGAGGUGGAGGGGAAAAUACUAGCGGUGAUCAUCCGCUGCACAGCUCGCCGAACAGCUCCGUGUCUCUGGACCAGUACCACGAGGGUAGCAAAGCUGGUGGUAGGACGUUUGCAGCGCCAGCCCAGCACUGCGUAAGGGUCCAGAACACUUUUGUCCACAUAGAUUGCGCACAGGAAGACUGCGACUUGUGCGCGAUAAAGCGGAGGGCCAACAGUUGCCAUCUAGACGAGCUCCAGGUGGCGCGCAUAAUGGAGGGAUUUCAUUGGUGCGACACUGACGACGAAAAGGACCGUGAAAACACCGACACUAAGAGUGAAGGUGGAGUUCCGGCCUACUAA